AUUUGACGUCUAUUCUGGAAGCCUGCAGACCAUAGACCAAGAAUGAUUUGACCCUUUUGAUGCUGCAUCACAUCUUUUUCCCUCCCCUAGGUACCUGCGCCAUUCAUUCUCGCAACCAGCCAUCCAUCGGCCCUACCGUCUAUCUAGAUUCUAGAUUCACGUGUAAGUGGCGAGAUUGGCCUUGCUUACUGACGAGCCUUCCUGAAUCACCGGCACAUUGUGACAUACCUCCUCCAUUCCCAGCGUCAAACUGCGGAAAUCUGAGGAAAGAGCUGCCCCGGCUGCCACCCUUGCCUGCUCUUCCGCGCGGUUCGAUAUCACGCUCGUGUCUGGACUCUCCUCAGCAUGGACCACUUAGCAGGACCCGACAUGCUGAUUGAUGGCUACGACCAGUAUCCCCCGGACAAUGAGGUCGUCAACAUCUCUCCGGACGAUGCCUCCGAAGAACCUUCAGAAGCCCUCCCCCGGGCCGAUGACUUCGAGACGAUGAAACGCCAUGUCCUUGUCGACCUGCCUGAUGUCGAGGUGGAAGCUGAAGCAUAUCAUACAUGGCACAUAGAAAAAUGGCGGACACUGUCUAGGAGAGAGCACGGCCCAAUAUUCGAAUGUGGCGGACAUCCAUGGAGAGUGUUGUUUUUCCCAUACGGGAAUCAGGUCGACUGCGCUUCGUUCUAUCUAGAACACGGUUUCGAGAGCGACCCUCCACCGGACUGGUACGCCUGCGUUCAGUUUGCCCUCGUACUGUGGAACCCGAACGACCCAACCCUGUACCGAACGCAUACCGCCACUCAUCGUUUCAAUGCAAAAGAAGGCGACUGGGGCUUCACUAGGUUUGUGGAACUUAGGAAGGCCUUCCACCAACCUUGGGAAGAUGGGUCGAGGCAUUUGGUGGAAAAUGACGAAGCCAAGUUGACAGCUUAUGUCCGCAUCAUCAAAGACCCCACCGGCGUCCUCUGGCACAACUUCGAAGGAUAUGAUUCCAAGAAGGAGACUGGCAUGGUUGGUUUGAAGAAUCAGGGCGCAACCUGUUAUUUGAACUCUCUUCUCCAAUCUCUUUACUUCACGAACUUGUUUCGGAAGGCCGUCUACCAAAUCCCCACUGAGCAGGAAGCCAACCGGAGUAACAGUGCCUGGACACUGCAGCGGUUAUUCUACAGGCUCCAGAAAGAUAGAUUCGCAGUUUCAACUAAUGAGCUUACCGCGUCCUUUGGAUGGGAUACUCGGCAGAUCUUCGAGCAGCAAGACGUGCAAGAAUUGUCACGAAUAUUGAUGGAAGUCUUGGAGAAGAAGAUGAAAGAUACGCCUGCAGAACGAACCUUGCCCGAACUUUUCGUCGGAAAGACCAAGACCUACAUUUCAUGCAUAAAUGUCGACUUUGAGUCCUCGAGGAUAGAGGAAUUCUGGGAUAUCCAGCUGAAUGUCCGGGGCAACAAAAACCUGCACGAGAGCUUCAUGGACUACAUCCAGGUUGAAACCCUGGAGGGCGAGAACAAGUACGACGCAGGUGAACCUUACAAGUUGCAGGAUGCCCGGAAGGGCGUUAUCUUCGAAUCCUUCCCACCUGUCCUCCACCUGCAACUGAAGAGAUUCGAAUAUGAUAUCAACCGCGACGCCAUGAUGAAGGUCAACGACAGACAUGAGUUCCCCGAAGAAUUCGACGCAUCUCUUUAUCUCUCGGACGAAGCCAAGGCGGCCUCGACAGAACCGUGGAUUUACCAAUUACACGGCGUACUAGUCCACAGCGGCGAUUUCAAUGCAGGCCACUAUUACGCUUUCCUGAAACCAACCAAAGACGGACACUUCUACAAAUUUGAUGACGACCGAGUCACACGGUCAACCAUGAAGGAAGUGCUGGAAGAGAACUUUGGAGGGGAGUAUGCCAACGUUGCCAAUGGUGGCCUCGGACAGCGCCAACCCUACAUGCGAGGCUAUUCUACUAAGAGAUCCAUGAAUGCCUACAUGUUGGUGUACAUCCGCAAGAGCAGACUGGAUGAAGUCCUCCUCGACGUGAGCGAGUCCGAUAUUCCUGCACACAUCGAGACCAAGAUUGCCGAGGAACAAGCAGAACUUGCUAGGAAGAAGAAAGAGCGCGAGGAGGCCCAUCUCUACAUGAACGUUGGCGUAAUAACAGAAAAGAGUUUCCAGGCCCAUCAUGGUUUCGACCUGACCAGUUAUGAGCUCGAACAGUCGGAUCCAGCCAGUGCCCAAGUCUACCGAGUCCUCCGCACGACCAAAAUCAGCGAGUUCGCCGCCACCAUUGCCGAGGAGCUCGGAUUGGAGUCUGAUCAAAUCCGAUUCUGGGUCAUGGUGGGCCGACAAAACAAGACAAAUCGUCCCGAUCAACCCAUUCGGGAUGUCGAGAUAACCAUGGAAGAAGCAAUGACCAAGUACGGAUCGAGAGGCAGGCCGUUUUAUCUUUGGGCAGAAAAUGGGACUAAAGGCGACGACGGCAAAAUCCAGUGGCCGGAUCCCGCACAAGCCGUGGGCGGCAACAUCCCGAUCCUGGUUUUCCUUAAAUAUUUCGACGUCAAGGCUCAGGCUUUGACUGGUGUUGGCCAUGUCUAUGUCAAAAAACUGGACAAGGUGCAAGAAAUCGCACCUCAGAUCAAUCGGAUCAUGAACUGGGAUCCAACUACGCCCAUUCUCUUGUUCGAAGAGAUCAAAUUCUCAAUGAUCGAGGCUAUGAAGCCGAAGCAAACCUUUCAACAAUCCGAGAUUCAAGAUGGCGAUAUCAUCUGCUUCCAACAGAACCUCCCUGACCUUGACCUGUCGACUGCCACGUAUACCGACGCGCGACAAUAUUACGAUUACCUCCUGAACCGCAUACCCGUCAGCUUUUAUCCGAAACCUGGCACUGAAGGAGAAGCCUUCGUGCUUAGCCUCAGCAAGAAGAUGACUUAUGACCAGUUUUCUGCCAAGGUCGGGGAGCACCUCAAGAUUGACCCAACUCACAUCCGCUUUGCCACUAUCAGCGCAACUAACAAUAAAAUCAAAAUGUGGAUCAAACGUGGGAUGAACCACAACCUUCAGCAAAUCCUCCAGUCACAGUUUUCUUCCUACGGUGGAUAUGCCACUCAUCGCGGCGAUGCAUUGUAUUAUGAGGUUCUCGAAACAAGUCUUGCUGAUUAUGAGACGAAAAAGAUCAUGAAAGUGAUCUGGCUCAGUGACGGCAUCAGUAAAGAGGAACCACUGGAAAUACUCGUCGCUAAGAACGGCAUCAUCGGAGAUUUGGUCGCCGGCAUUGCCAAAAAGCUCAACCUGGACGAACAGACGGCUCGCAAUAUACGGGUGCUCGAAGUACACGGGGGCAAGAUUCACAAAGAACUGAUCGAGGAUUUCAACGUGGUUGGAGUUAAUGAGUUCACCACGCUAUAUGCCGAGAAGAUCCCCGAUGAAGAACAGAACGCUUCCGAGGAUGACCGGUUCAUUUAUUGUUACCAUUUCGACAAAGAGGCCAACAAACCCCACGGUGUCCCGUUCAAGUUUAUGCUCAAGCCGGGCGAGCCGCUCAAAGAGACGAAGGAACGUAUCAGUAAGAGAACCGGUAUCAAGGGCAAGUUGUUGCAACAAAUCAAGUUUGCGCUCGUCUCCAGGACACUCUAUGCAAAGCCGAGAUAUAUUGAAGACGAAGACAUCAUCGUCGACCUCAUCCAGGACGGAGACGAGAUGCUCGGCUUGGAUCAUGUCAACAAGGCGCGCAACUUCUGGGGAAGAGCCGAGGGGAUGUUCAUUCGGUAGAUCCGUGGAGAGGGGGGCACGCCAACGUCUUCUUGCUUGAGGUGUGAUGAUGCCUAGCCGCUAUGCAUCUUUUACUUGACAUCCUAUCUGGUGCUUCCCCUCAACAUCACUCGUCGGCCGGAUCCGGCGGAAGCGCAAAAUAUGGGAUUCACAAUGUUGCCGGAACUCUCUUGCAGCAUGCACAAGGACGGCACAUGUCGCGCCAGCGCCACUUGCUCUACAUCUACAACCUUUUGUCGUCCAUUGUGUUGUCGACUACAGGUCGUUGGAGCUUGUGACAGCUAGCGGUGGAGGGAAAGGCGGAGGGGACGGGUUGUUACAGGACCACAGGAAGGAAUGCUCAGUGGCUCAAGGACUACCGAUGUCAGAGGAGCGUUACGGGCGACUGAGCAGCAACACAGGAGCGUGGACCAAGCCGAACUGCCGGUGUGUACACAAUAAACGUAGAGACGAGAUUAUGCUUCAUGGCAUCAUGAAAUAUUUACAAAAAAAGGAAGGCGAGAACAGACGAUUAGAUGAGCUUAUGAUUAUUGGAUUGUCCAUUGAUUCUAUUUCUCUCUUCGACAAAAUGCUAGUUCCUCAGGCUUGGUGAUUGG